AUGCCGCGCGACAGGAUCUCGCGCCUCUCUCCUCGCCGACCCCACCGCCGUUUUCACCCCGUCUCUUCUGUCCCACAGGUCUCCGUAGCCCGGGAUCGCCGGCACCAUGUCCCGGCAGCGCUGAGGUCGGCGGGACGGGCGGCGAGCGGAGCCGCGGCCGGCGAGGAACCAUGGGGAGCAUCUACAAGGAAUACUUCAACACGGGUAAGAUCCGGGAGCACUACAACUACACCAAGGAGGGCUCGGACAGCUCCCCCCCCACCUCCCCUUGGCCCCUCUUUGCGGUCGCAGCUGCAGGACUUGGAGCGGGAUGAAGACAGCCUGAGCGAGAAGGAGUGCGUCAAGGAGAAGCUGAGCCUCAUCCAUGGCUUCCUCCAAGCCGACGUCCAGAACCAGCUGAACGAGCUGGAAGCCAAACUCCACUGCGAGGAGCUGUCGGAGGAGAGGUACCUGGCCAAGGUGAAAGCCCUGCUCCACCAAGAGCUCUCGACGGAGAAUGGGGACGCGGCGCCGCUGCUGCAGGCUUCCAAUGGGUGCUCCAAAAACGGCGCCUACGGGAGCGACGAGGACUCGGAGCGAGCAGGACCCGAUGGGGAAGAAGACAGCGCCAUGGAGAUGGAGGAAGCAGCCGCCUCGUCUUCUUCCUCUUCGUCGGUCCCCAUGCCGCGGGCGCGCAAGGCCAGGAGGAGCCGAUCCAAUGGGGAAAGCAAAAAGUCUCCCGCCAGUUCCCGGGUCACUCGGAGCUCCGGCCGGCAGCCGACCAUCCUGAGCCUGUUCUCCAAAGGGUCCAACAAGCGGAAAUCGGAGGAGGUGAACGGGGAAGUGAAGCAGGAGGUGAUGAGCGUGGAGAAGGAGGAAGAGGAGCUGGAGGAGAAGGAACAAGAUGAGAAAAGGAUUAAAAUCGAAACCAAAGAAGGGUUGGAGAUAAAAGAUGAAAUUACUCAGGUUAAAACUACACCACCUGCUAAAACCACCCCUCCCAAGUGCGUCGACUGCAGACAGUACCUCGACGAUCCCGACCUCAAAUUCUUCCAAGGGGAUCCUGAUGAUGCCCUGGAGGAGCCCGAAAUGCUGACGGAUGAGCGCUUGUCCCUCUUCGACGCUAACGAAGACGGCUUUGAGAGCUACGAGGACUUGCCGCAGCACAAAGUCACCUCUUUUAGCGUCUACGACAAGCGAGGUCACUUGUGCCCCUUCGACACCGGCCUGAUCGAGAGGAACAUCGAGCUGUAUUUCAGCGGUGCCGUGAAGCCCAUCUACGACGAUAACCCUUGUCUGGACGGUGGGGUGAGAGCCAAGAAGCUGGGACCCAUAAACGCCUGGUGGAUCACGGGGUUUGAUGGAGGGGAGAAGGCUUUGAUCGGCUUCACCACAGCCUUCGCGGAUUAUAUCCUGAUGGAGCCCAGCGAGGAGUACGCUCCCAUCUUCGCCCUCAUGCAAGAGAAGAUCUACAUGAGCAAAAUCGUCGUCGAGUUCCUGCAGAACAACCGCGACGUCAGCUACGAGGAUCUGCUCAACAAAAUCGAGACCACCGUACCUCCCGCGGGGCUGAACUUCAACCGCUUCACAGAGGACUCGCUCCUGCGACAUGCUCAGUUCGUGGUGGAGCAGGUGGAAAGCUACGACGAAGCCGGGGACAGCGACGAACCCCCCGUCCUCAUCACGCCCUGCAUGAGGGACUUGAUCAAGCUGGCUGGGGUCACCCUGGGGAAGAGGCGAGCUGUCAGGCGGCAGGCCAUCCGGCACCCCACCAAAAUAGACAAGGACAAGGGUCCCACCAAAGCCACCACCACCAAGCUGGUGUACCUCAUCUUCGACACCUUCUUCUCGGAGCAGAUCGAAAAGGACGAGAAAGAAGAUGACAAGGAGAACGCCAUGAAGCGCCGGCGCUGCGGCGUUUGCGAGGUCUGCCAGCAGCCCGAGUGCGGGAAGUGCAAGGCUUGCCAGAACAUGGUGAAGUUUGGGGGCAGCGGACGGAGUAAGCAGGCGUGUUUGCAGAGGAGGUGUCCCAACCUGGCCGUCCGGGAAGCUGAUGAGGAUGAGGAGGUGGAUGACAACAUCCCCGAGAUGCCAUCGCCCAAGAAGAUGCUGCAGGGCAGGAAGAAGAAGCAGAACAAGAGCCGGAUCUCCUGGGUGGGCGAGCCCAUCAAGAGCGAUGGGAAGAAGGACUACUACCAGAGGGUCUGCAUUGACUCGGAGACCCUGGAGGUGGGAGACUGUGUCUCCGUCAGCCCCGACGAUCCCACCAAGCCCCUCUACCUCGCCAGGGUGACAGCCAUGUGGGAGGACAGCAGUGGCCAGAUGUUCCACGCGCACUGGUUCUGCCCCGGCUCGGACACUGUCCUGGGGGCCACCUCCGACCCCCUGGAGCUCUUCUUGGUGGAUGAGUGCGAGGAUAUGCAGCUCUCCUACAUCCACGGCAAAGUCAAAGUCAUCUACAAGGCGCCCUCGGAGAACUGGUCCAUGGAGGGCGGGCUGGACAUGGAGAUCAAGAUGGUGGAAGACGACGGGAGAACUUACUUUUAUCAGAUGUGGUACGACCAGGAGUACGCUCGAUUCGAGUCCCCACCAAAAACUCAGCCCACGGAAGACAACAAAUACAAGUUCUGCAUGAGCUGCACGCGCCUGGACGAGGUAAGGCACAAGGAGAUACCCAAAGUGGCUGAGCCCCUGGAAGAAGGGGAUGGAAAGAUGUUCUACGCCAUGGCGACCAAGAACGGAGUGCAGUACCGGGUGGGAGAUGGCGUCUACCUCCUGCCAGAAGCCUUUUCCUUCAGUAUGAAACCCGCCAGCCCAGCCAAGCGCCCCAAAAAGGAGGCGGUGGAUGAGGAGCUGCACCCGGAGCACUACCGCAAGUACUCGGAGUACAUCAAGGGCAGCAACCUGGAUGCCCCCGACCCUUACCGCGUGGGCCGCAUCAAAGAGAUCUUCUGCAACAUCCGCAGCAACGGCAAACCCAACGAGGCCGACAUCAAGCUGCGCAUCUGCAAGUUUUACAGACCCGAGAACACGCACAAGUCCAUGAAAGCCAGCUACCACGCAGACAUCAACCUCCUGUACUGGAGCGACGAGGAGGCGACGGUCGACUUCCGUGCCGUGCAGGGCCGUUGCACGGUGGUGUACGGGGAGGAUCUGACGGAGAGCAUCCAGGACUACUCCGCCGGUGGGCUCGACCGCUUCUACUUCUUGGAGGCGUACAACGCAAAAACUAAGAGCUUUGAAGAUCCUCCCAACCACGCUCGGAGCUCUGGCAAUAAAGGGAAGGGGAAGGGGAAAGGGAAAGGCAAAGGCAAAGGGAAGUCGUCGGUGAGCUGCGAGCAGAGCGAGCAGGAGCCGGCCGAGCUGAAGCUCCCCAAGCUGCGGACCUUGGAUGUCUUCUCUGGCUGCGGAGGGCUGUCCGAGGGCUUCCACCAGGCAGGCGUGUCGGAGACGCUCUGGGCCAUCGAGAUGUGGGAACCGGCGGCCCAGGCUUUCCGACUGAACAAUCCCGGCACUACCGUCUUCACGGAGGAUUGCAACGUCAACGUCGUGCUGAAGCUGGUCAUGUCCGGCGAGAAGACCAACUCGCUGGGGCAGAAGCUGCCGCAGAAGGGGGACGUGGAGAUGCUGUGCGGUGGUCCCCCGUGCCAAGGCUUCAGCGGCAUGAACCGCUUCAACUCCCGCACCUACUCCAAGUUCAAGAACUCCCUGGUGGUCUCCUUCCUCAGCUACUGCGACUACUACAGACCGCGGUUCUUCCUUCUGGAGAACGUCAGGAAUUUCGUGUCCUUCAAGCGUUCCAUGGUGCUGAAGCUCACGCUGCGCUGCCUCGUCCGCAUGGGUUACCAGUGCACCUUCGGGGUCCUACAGGCUGGCCAGUACGGCGUGGCCCAGACGCGGCGGAGAGCCAUCGUCCUUGCCGCAGCUCCCGGCGAGAAGCUGCCCAUGUUCCCCGAGCCUUUGCACGUGUUCGCACCCCGUGCCUGUCAGCUGAGCGGCGUGGUGGACGACAAGAAGUUCGUUAGCAAUAUCACCCGGACAUAUUCCGGCCCCUUCCGCACCAUCACCGUGCGGGACACCAUGUCCGACCUGCCGGAGAUCAGGAACGGUGCCUCCGCCUUGGAAAUCUCCUACAACGGGGAACCCCAGUCCUGGUUCCAGCGGCAAAUCCGGGGCUCCCAGUAUCAGCCCAUCCUCAGGGACCAUAUCUGCAAGGACAUGAGCGCCCUGGUCGCAGCCCGGAUGAGACACAUCCCCUUGGCCCCCGGUUCCGAUUGGCGCGACCUGCCCAACAUCGAGGUGCGCCUGUCGGACGGCACGACCACGCGCAAGCUGCGGUACACGCACCACGAGAAGAAGAACGGCCGCAGCAGCUCCGGGGCGCUGCGGGGGGUCUGCUCCUGUGCCGAAGGCAAGCCCUGUGACCCCGCGGACCGGCAAUUCAACACUCUCAUCCCCUGGUGCCUGCCGCAUACCGGCAACCGGCACAACCACUGGGCCGGGCUCUACGGGCGCCUGGAGUGGGACGGCUUCUUCAGCACCACCGUCACCAACCCCGAGCCCAUGGGCAAGCAGGGUCGGGUGCUGCACCCAGAGCAGCACCGGGUGGUGAGCGUGAGGGAGUGCGCCCGCUCCCAGGGCUUCCCCGAUACCUACCGCCUCUUCGGGAACAUCCUCGACAAGCACAGACAGGUCGGUAACGCAGUGCCUCCUCCUCUAGCCAAAGCCAUCGGGCUGGAGAUCAAGUCGUGCGUGUUGGCGAAGCUGAGAGAAGACAUGGCGGGUAGGGCGCCGCGCCGCUCCAAGCCCAGCUGGGCCGACCAGGUGGAAGAGGAGGGCGGAGAGGACGACAAAUGCAUCACCAGCGAGCUGCUGAAGGACAUCCCCCUGCCCGGGGUGCUGGGGGGCAGCCUGAGCGCUGAGGCCGAGCUGCUGAAGGGAGGCCCGCUCCCCUCCCCAAAAGAGCUCAUCAACGGGAACAUCAAAACCAUCACGGAGUAUCGCGAGGAGGAGGAUGGGCGCAAGGUGAAGAUCAUCCGCACCUUCCGCAUCGAAACCAGGAAGGCUUCCAAGGCGGUGGCCCGUCGGAAGAACUGGAAGAAAUUUGGCAACUCGGAGUUCGAUGCCCCCGGACCGAACGUGGCCACCACCACCGUGAGCGAUGACGUCUUCAUGACCUUCAUCACCAGCAAGGAGGACCUGAACUGCCAGGAGGAGGAGGAUCCCAUGAACAAGCUGAAGGGGCAGAAGAUCGUCUCGUGUCGUAUCUGCAAGGGCGACCACUGGACCACCCGCUGUCCCUACAAGGACACCUUGGGGCCGAUGCAGAAGGAGUUGGCCGAGCAGUUGGGGCUGUCCACAGGCGAGAAGGAGAAGCUGCCCGGGGAGCCGGAGCCGGUGCAGGCUCAGCAGAGCAAGACGGGCAAGUACGUCCCUCCCAGCCUGAGAGACGGAGCCAGCCGCCGCGGGGAGUCCAUGCAGCCCAACCGCAGGGCCGACGACAACGCCACUAUCCGUGUCACCAACCUGUCCGAGGACACGCGUGAGACUGAUCUCCAGGAGCUGUUCCGGCCCUUCGGCACCAUCUCUAGGAUCUAUUUAGCCAAGGACAAGACCACCGGGCAGUCCAAGGGUUUCGCCUUCAUCAGCUUCCACCGCCGGGAGGAUGCGGCCCGGGCUAUUGCCGGGGUCUCCGGAUUCGGCUACGACCACCUGAUCCUCAACGUGGAAUGGGCCAAACCCUCUACCAACUGA